AUGGUGAAUGUUGAAGCCCACAGUGGAGGAGACAGGAGCAUGGUGAAUGUUUUGGAGGUCCGCAGUGGAGGAGACGGGAGCAUGGUGAAUGUUGAAGUCUGCAGUGGAAGAGAUGGGAGCAUGGUGAAUGUUGUUGAAGCUCGCAGUGGAGGAGACUGGAGCAUGUUGAAUGUUGAAGUCUGCAGUGGAGGAGACGGGGGCAUGGUGAAUGUUGUCGAAGUUUGCAGUGGAGGAGACGGGAGCAUGGGGAAUGUUGUUGAAGCCCGCAGUGGAGGAAAUGGGAUUACAGUGAAUGUUUUUGAAGCCCGCAGUGGAGGAGACGGGGGCAUGGUGAAUGUUUUUGAAGCCCGCAGUGGAGGAGACGGGGGCAUGGUGAAUGUUGAAGCCCGCAGUGGAGGAGACGGGAAAAUGGGGAAUGUUGUUGAAGUUUGCAGUGGAGGAGAUGGGAGCAUGGGGAAUGUUUUUGAAGCCCGCAGUGGAGGAGACGGGGGCAUGGUGAAUGUUUUUGAAGCCCGCAGUGGAGGAGACGGGGGCAUGGUGAAUGUUGAAGCCCGCAGUGGAGGAGAUGGGAGCAUGGUGAAUGUUGUUGAAGUUUGCAGUGGAGGAGAUGGGAGCAUGGGGAAUGUUUUUGAAGCCCGCAGUGGAGGAGACGGGGGCAUGGUGAAUGUUUUUGAAGCCCGAAGUGGAGGAGAUGGGAGCAUGGUGAAUGUUGAAGCCCGCAGUUGA